AGUGGAAGAGAAGGAGAGAGAUGAGGAGCAGCCCUACAUCAUGCUCACCGACCCCUGCCUGGCCGCCCUCUGCCUUCCCCUCCUGCUGCUCGUCCUGAUCCUGCCGCCGACCGGAGCCUAUUUCGGUCUGACCAGCAAGGAGUCUCUCUCGCUCUUCACCUCCCCGGCCCCCCUAAUCAGCAGCACCCACAGCCGACCCCACCUGAAACAGUGCGACCUGCUGCCCCUGACCCGACGGCAGAAACGUCUGUGCCGCAAGGAACCAGGACUGGCUGAGGUGCUGAGAGAAGCCGUGCGUCUGGGGGUCGUAGAGUGUCAGUUCCAGCUACGCAACGAACGUUGGAACUGCAGUCUCCAGGAAAGGGGGAACCUCCUGAAAAGAGGUUUUAAAGAGACAGCGUUCCUGUAUGCCAUUUCAGCUGCCUCCCUCACCCAUUCCCUAGCGAAGGCCUGCAGUGGGGGCAGAAUGGAGCGAUGUACCUGUGACGACUCCCAGGGUCUGGAGAGCCAGCAGGGAUGGCAGUGGGGUGUUUGCGGGGACAACCUCAGGCAUAGCACUCGUUUCCUGAAGAACUUCCUAAGACAAAGGAAAGGGGGGAGAGAUGCACGGGCCAAGAUGGAUCUUCAUAACAGCAAUGCAGGCAUUAAAUCAGUAAAGAGUGGAUUAAAGACCACGUGUAAAUGCCACGGGGUGUCCGGCUCCUGCGCUGUCCGCACGUGUUGGAAGCAACUCUCUCCUUUCCAUGAAACAGGAGCGCUGCUGAAGGCCAAGUACGAGAACGCCAUAAAGAUCCUUGGGGCCUCAAACGAGGCAGUGGGAGGCCACGACACCUUGGGACACACAUUUGGGGGGCGCCACGCCCGCUCUACUGACUUUUUGUAUCUGGAGGAGUCCCCCAACUUCUGCAGGCCGAGCCGCUUCUCCCCCGGCACAGCGGGACGGACAUGCUCUCGAGAAAUCACAUGCGACAGCCUUUGCUGCGGCCGAGGAUACAACAUCCAAACUCGGUUGGUCACUUUUUCCUGCCACUGCCAAGUGCACUGGUGCUGCCAUGUCGAGUGUCAAAAGUGCGUCCAGCAACAGGAGACGUAUACCUGCAAACACUGAUUACAUACGGGAAUGACACAUCUUUUUUAAACGAUGCUGGGAGUUGUAGUUUGGUAACAGCUGAGAAGCCACAAGCUGGUCAACCGAUAUGGCAGCUGCUCAGGUGUCUGCGUGACAUUAAUGCUGUAAAAAGAAAGAUACUAUUUAUCUUACUGGACUUCUCUUCUUUGAGCACUACCUAUACCUAUAUAGGAAUUAUGAGUAUUGUGAGCCUAGUAACCCCUAGCAACAGUAAGGCAGUUGCAGUCAGCUGCUAAUACUUCAUAACCCAGUGAUCCUUUAACAAUCCAUUUCCGUUUGUGUCCGUUUAAAUCAUGGCGUUUCUGAAUACCGAGUGUGCGUGAGGCUCCUAAGAAUUCCUAAAAUCUGAUUUUAAAGGGGUUGUUUACCUUUAAAUGAACUGUUAGUGUGCUGUAGAGCGUGAUCUUCUGAGAUGAUCUGCAAUUGGUUUUUAUUUUUUAUUAUUUGUGGGUUUUGAGUUAUUUAGCUUUUUAUUCAGCAGCUCUCCAGUUUGUAAUUUCAGCCGUCUGGUUUCUCCCCAAAACUUUCCCUUACUCCUGUAUCAUUAACUGAAAGCUUCCAAUCCUAACCCAGGGAUUUAUAUUACAUUAAACUGGAUUUAAUUAGUUGCCCCUUUAGGGCAGAGACACAUAGAUUUGGGGAGAUUAGUCGCCCCAGUGACAAAUCUCCUCUUCUUCAGGUGACUAA